ACUACGUGAAUGUCAUCUUACAAAGGUAGAGAGGCCAUUAAAUUCGUUAUUUCUAUCCAUUGGAUACACUGAAAAUUCGCGUCGUCCGCAAGCUGGUCUAUCAAGUGGAUUCUGAAUAUUCUAACACAGCAUCUCUAAUUUCAAAUAAUGGGUUCUAACAAUGAAUCUUCUUCAAGUGGUGUCGCAACGACGUCGUCAUCUUUACCUCUGCCUCCGAAAAAAAGAAAGACAUCAACAGAUGACUCUCCAAUCUCAAACUCAACUUCUGAUUUGAUUGAUAAACUUGCCACUUUUUCUGGAGAAGUGCGCAAAACGGUUUUAUCAAAAUCAAAUGAGGCGAAAUUAGACAAAUUGAUUCGAUUAUUGCACACGGCGGAUUUUGCAACUGAAACGCUUCAAAGAAUUUGUAGUAUGAUCGAAGAAGUGAAAAAAGGAGUGGAAGAAGAAGCCCCGGUCGAUUUGGAAUCAUUUUAUCAACUGGAAAUGAAAUCUUCACCAAAAAAACAGAUGUCGGAGAGUGCCAAUCGCAUCGCUGCUCUUAACGUUAGCAUUGGAAUUUUCUUGGGUGUUGUAAUUACCGAAGUUAUUCUAUGUACCAAAGCAGAAACUAAAUCAAUGUGUCGGGGAAAAAGAUCGAGAUUGGAACGUUUGUUAGAAUAUACCGAAGACUAUUUGCAGGCGUUAAAACCUGAUUCAGAAAAAAUUCAGGCUGCAAUGAGAAAAAUUGAUCAAAAUUACGCACCAAAGCGCUUUUGUUCAAAUCUAGUGCUAUCGGGCGAAGAAUUGGAGACAGUUCAAAUGAUGCGUGAAAAACCCCAAUCAAAAAAACAAUUUAAAGAAAUACGCGAUUAUUAUAAUAAAAAAUGAAGAUGACGAACCUUGAUCAGAAACAUAUCGAACCAAUCCAAUCGAAUUUCGUUGAAACAAUUAACGAAGGUACGCAAAUACCUGAUGAUAAUAAAGACCUUUGAACUAAGGAUUAACAAUUCCGACAAACAAAACAAAUGCAGUGACAGUGAGCCAAGUGGCUUAGCAUUCAGUUGUAGCAUAGGCAUCAGCUUCAGUCACAAAAUGAACAAAGAAAUUGAAAUUGGAUUUUAUUUACGAUCUCUCGAUGUAGCAUUUAUAGAAAAAAUCAUAUUGUAUUUAAAUAGGAAAUAGCUUUGCUCAGGAAUAAUGUAAUUCGCAACGGAAUCGGAAGAAAUGAUGAAAAUAUACUGACAUUUUUUGUACACAAA